CCCUCCUUCCUUCCUUCCCAGCUGGCACCGCACUCCGGGCCUCGCCGGCCAGCCGGCUCCCUCCCCGUCUGUCUAUGUCUUUUUCUGACUCCAGCGCUACCUUCCUGCUCAACGAGGGCUCUGCUGAUUCCUACACUAGCCGCCCAUCGUUGGAUUCCGACGUGUCGCUAGAAGAGGAACGUGAAGGGGUGAAGCGCGAAGUGGAGAACCAGGCCCAGCAGCAGCUUGAAAAAGCCAAGAACAAACCAGUUGCAUUUGCUGUCCGUACUAAUGUCAGCUACUGUGGCGCAUUGGAUGAAGAAUGUCCUGUGCAGGGAUCUGCCAUCAACUUUGAAGCCAAAGACUUCUUGCAUAUUAAAGAG